AUGAUAGGAGUGAUGAAGAAACUUACACAGCUAGUCACGUACAUUGAGGGAAAGAAGAGGUACAUGUGUGAGGUGUGCCACUACAUUUGCCCGGAUAAUUGGAAACUUCAGUUACACCGACGCAAGCACACAGGGGAAAGGCCGUACAUAUGUGACAUUUGUGAAAAGACUUAUAAAACAGCCCAGAACCUCAAGAAUCAUGUUAAAAAUUUUGCCUCCAAUCCUGGGUCAGACCCUUCAUCAUCCUCAUUUGAUGUCACCAUGACCUCUUCAACUUUGCAUUUGAAAUACACAUGUGGCAUCUGCGGCCUUUACUGCCGAGAUAACUUCAACCUUGGUGCCCACAUCCGAACCCACACGGGCGAGAAGCCGUUCAAAUGCUCGAUCUGCGGGAAAGGACCAAAACCUGUUAAAACUCGUUUGUCAGAGGAAAGCCUGCAAAAUGGGUAUGCCUGUUUUGCGGCCGUAUAUGUCAGAGUAGGAAUCACCUCCGUGACCACACGAGGACGCACACAGAUGAAAAGCCCCAUGUUUGCCACGUGUGCGGGAAGGGGUAGCACUCAACAGUUCUACGCUCCAAUGUCCAAGUCCCCAAGAGGGCAGAAUUCUGGCGGGAAUGCUGGCAGUAGAUCGUACACGUGUAGCGUCUGCUUCAAGGAGCUGACUAGUUCAUGGGGCUUACAGGUCCAUAUGAGACUACAUCGGGGGGACAAGCCGUACGAGUGUACCAAGUGUGGUAGACGAUUCACACAGAAAUCACAGAUGAACUCCCACAUGGUUGUGCACCUGAAUCUGGCUGUAUUUUGCCGACUUCACAGCAACCUGUCAACAUUGUGGAAAGUGUUUUGGGCGCAACAAGUGGAAAUUGGAACAGCAUUUGAGAACACACACUGGCGAGAAACCAUUCAUCUGAUGUUUGAAGAGGACUGGAAACAGAAGCAGCGGGUGUGCCCCUACUGCUCGAAGGCGUUUCCCUCCAAGUGGAAGCUAGAUCAGCAUGUUAUCAUACAUACAGGAGAACGACCGUUCAAAUGUAGCUACUGUGAGAAAAGCUUCCAGCGGAAGGAGUCGCUGAAAUACCAUAUAGCCAAGUCCCACGUUCUGGGGCAGUUACCAUCCAAUCUUCACGGCUGUUUGCGCAUACUGUGGAAAGUGUUUUGGUCGCGACAAGUGGAAGUUGGAACAACAUUUGAGAAUACACACGGGCGAGAAACCAUUUGCUUGCACCUUCUGCCAGAAAUCUUUCCGCCAAAAGAGACAUCUUCAAUCACACAUGGUGGUGCAUUUGUCAGAGACCCAAGACAAUUUAUCAAGUCACCGUCCAAGCUGAAGAGCUGUCCCUACUGUCCAUGGACAUUUCCGGACAGCUGGAAACUGGACAGGCACAUAAGACAACAUACAGGGGAGAAGCCGUUCAAAUGUGAUGUUUGCCUCAAGUCGUUUACUCAGAAGGAUGACUUUCAAAUGCUGCAGGAAUCUGGCAUGCUACCAAAACUGAAGGUGUGUCUGUACUGCAACAUGAUCUUUCCUGACAACUGGAAACUUCUACGCCACGUCAGAAAGCACACAGGCGAAAAACCAUAUGGCUGUGACCUUUGUGAAAAGAAGUUUGCUCAGAAAGAGAGUCUCAAAUCACACAGACAGAAGAAGCAUGGACAAAGUGAUUGA